UAUUACACUGACAGUGACACAUGUCAAUGUCAAUGUCAGUUUGUAGUUGUAAAUGUACCUAACAGAAACCUCUCACGGCUUCCGUAAAUAAAUAAAUAUUUGGAAUUAAAUUUAGACAGGCGCGUUGUAAAUGAUAGCUGGUCUAGGUUUUAAAUAGUGUGGAUAUCAAGUCUUCGUCUUUAGUAAUUCUUUCGCGUAGAAGGUGCGUGUCUAAGUCGUGCUGUACUGCGGCGGCGGCGCUACCGCAAUCAAUCACGGUGUUCGCAAUGUGGGACUCGUCAGCGUUCUUGGGCGCGCUGACGCCCAAAUUUUACGUCGCACUCACAGGCACCUCUUCGCUGAUCUCUGGCCUAAUCCUGAUCUUCGAGUGGUGGUAUUUUCGCAAGUACGGCACGUCGUUCAUCGAGCAGGUGUCGCUGACACACCUGGGCCCGUGGCUGGGCGGCGGCAGCGCGACGACGGAGACGGAGGCGGCCGACACCAAGGUCUGGCGCAACCCGCUAUCGCUGCUGCGCGGUGCGGAGUAUGGCCGUCUCUGGAGCGCCGCGCGCCGGGCUCCACUCACGUACUAUGACAUGAACCUCUCGGCGCAGGAGCACCAAGCCUGGUUCGGCUGCGGAGCUGAGGGCCCCGCGGAGGAGGCCAUGGCGCGCGCGUGGCGCGAGCGCGAGCCGGGCGCGCGCGUGGCGGCCGCCCGCGCCGCGCUGGCGCUGCGCAGCGACUGCGCCGCCGCGCUGCUCUUGCUGGCCGAGGAGGACGCGCCCACCGUGUACGAGGCCGAGCGAGUGCUGCGCCGCGCCUGGCGCGCCGCCGAGCAGGCGUGGCGCGCGUCGGCGGCGGCGGGCGCGGCGGCCGAGGCGCGGCGCGACGCGGCCGUGCUGGCGCACGUGAAGCGCCGCGCCGCCAUGUGCGCCCGGCGCCUGGGCCGACUGCGUGACGCGGCGCGCCUGUUCCGCGACCUGGCGCGCGACGCGCCGCCCGCGCUGCAUGCGCUGGCGCUGCACGAGAACCUCAUCGAGGUGCUGCUGGAGCAGAAGGCCUACGCCGACGUGCAGGUCGCUACCUCUCUAGCUUUACGCGCCCCCGACCUACCCUUCACCUACCGGAUCGAUUUUUCUUGUGUUGUGGAUGCGGUGCUGGCGCGGUACGACGACGUGGGGCUGCCGCGCUCGGCCUGCGUGUGCUACACGGCCGCCUUGCUGCGCGCCCGCGCCGCCGGCGCCGCCGCCGCCGGGGGCCCGGCCGCGCGCCAGGCCGCCGAGCUGGCCGCGCUCGACGCCAUGCGGCGCGCCAUCGAGUUCAACCCGCACGUGCCCGAGUACCUGCUGGAGCUUCGCGCGCUGACGCUGCCGCCCGAGCACGUGCUGCGUCGCGGCGACAGCGAGGCGCUGGCCUACGCCUUCUUCCACCUGCGGCACUGGCGCGCCUGCGGCGGCGCGCUGCGCCUGCUGGGCGCCGCGUGGGCCGCGGCCGAGCGCGGCGCGGGCGCGGGCGCGGGCCCGGCGCCGGCGGCGGACCGCGAGCUGCUCCCGGCGCACCACGCGGGCGGCGGCGCGGCGGCGCGGCGGCGGGCGCCGGCGCUGCUGCCGCUGGCGGCGGCGCUGUGCGCGGCCACGGCGCUGCUGGCGCUGCUGGCGCACCGCUGGCCGGCGCAGGCGCACGCGCUGGCCCGCGCCGCCGCCGCCGGCCUGGACCCGCGCCGCCUGCAUACCUUGCUGGCCGCCGUCUGA